AUGAAUGUGCUCUUAAGGUAUAAGAGCUUGGAAAAUUUAAACUUUGGUGACAGUCGAAUCUCUAACAUCGGCUGCUUCCCAAACCUAUCCGAGCUUAAUUGGUUAAGUUUGACGUUGGGUAAGAUUACUCAUCUUCACCCUGAAACAUUUUCCCAUCUUCCAAAACUGACAGUGCUGUUCUUAAAUUAUAACCAAAUAAGUAACAUUCAGUCGAGUACAUUUUCAAAGCUAACACAUCUCUUAAAAUUGUAUCUUAAUCACAACAACAUAACUUACAUUCAGUCUGGUACAUUUUCAAAUCUACCAUGUCUCAAAUGUCUGGUACUGCAUAGGAACAAGAUAACAAAGAUAUCCUCUAGCGCAUUCUUAAAUCUGCCUCAGCUCCAAACGUUGUAUCUGCACUUCAAUCAGAUAACAGAUCUUCAAUCAGGCACAUUUUCUGAUUUUCCCCAGCUCCAGAGUCUGUUCUUGAACCACAACAAGAUAUCAAAUAUUCAGGCUGGUACUUUCCUAAAUCUACCCAAGCUAAACCAUUUGACCCUGGGCAUCAACCAGGUAUCCACCCUUCCCCCGUCAACUUAUUACAUUUUGGUAUUUACUUCUAAGGUAGACAUUAACUUUAACCCCUGGCAAUGUGACUGUCAGAUGGUUCCCUUCAGACUUCUAAUGAGCGGGUCUCAUUCAUUUGAACAUCAAAUGAGAUGUGCUCAACCUCAAAAUUUCUUGGGACACAUGCUGAAAGAUAUCAAUCCUGAACACCUGGUCUUUAUGAACAGUAGCAGUGAUUAG